UAAAAAAAUGUACCAAAAGAUUUUUGAUGAACAAUAUCGAUUCAAACCAAAUGAACUUGGGCGGUGUACGGAAAAAACAAGAAAAAAAAUUCGCAGGAAGCUACCUGAGCACAUAGAGCAAUUUUUUAAUAACGAGGUGAAAAAUUGCGAGUCGGGUUACCGAUGUGCUUUUCUAGGAAUGCUUCAAGAGUUGGCUAGGUUGGAGAAGCGUAUUGAAGAAGGGCCGAAUAAAGUGGUUUACUCUAAGUUACAGCAGGUUCCAGUUGCAGCUUGCGUUAAGUUAGCUGUUGAAGUAGAACCUUCACAAACCGGAAAUCUACAACAAGUGUUUGGAUCGCAUGACAUUCACAAUGACAUUGAAGAUAAAAUCAGAGAAGACCACGCAGCAAGGCACGGCAGCGAAAUAUCUAGCAAGGAGUUGUAUAAGCGGACACUGAAGAAGAAGACAGAACUUAAAUUUCAAGCUGCUCGAGAAAUAAUACAAAGUUCUUUCGUGAAACAAAAUGAGGAUGGAAGUUACAACAAUGAAGUUAUCGAACAAGUGACCGACAAUGUGCGACGUUUUUUCAUGUGAUAAGCGAGAAUGCAGAGAACAAACCAAUGGUAAUGCAAGCAACCAAACAACUCAUAGUACUGUGCGAAAGAUGGGGCACCGUUAGCACCAAAAUCCCACACUUACUGAUCGAGUUUUAAACAAUUGACAACACUGUUUUAGAGUCGCAGGGCAAAAAAGUAUGUUCGAUCUUCCUUCACUCUCAUAUAUAAACACAGUACUUUACUGAUGUAAUUGAUAUUAAAUACAGUGUGUUCAUAGUACGACUGUAAAUGUUCUUUCAUCACAUUAUAAAUUUUCACAACAAUUUAAAGUGGGGUGGGGGAAGAUGGUUGAAACACUAAAGGGGUAUUUACAUGGUUGAAAUGGUUGAAACACUCAAGGAGUAUUUACAAUUCGCACACCAAUUGCUGUUUUAGAGAUUCAUAAACAGACAGAGUUGGGACAGUUAAGAAGUUAUAAAUAUAAAAGAGGG